UGCUUGACUUUGAGGCUUCAACGAUACACCUUUCAAAACCAACAACGCCAGCCAGCAGAACGGGAAGACGCAAUCGCAACACAAUGGCCUCCGCCAGCAGCAAGGCCAAGAAGCCUCUCAACUCCAAGCUUGCCACCACCCUCUUCUUCAUCGUCCUCUUCACCAUCCCCGCCCUCCUCCUCCUCCACACCCCCACCGCCACCCCCGCCUGCACCACCCUCUCCUCCCAGGCCCGCUCUUGGUCCGGCGAUCUCCGGGCCGCCCAAUUCUCCUGGAACCGCCUAACCUUCCACCGGAAUACCCCCCCUCUGGCUACCUUAAAAGUGGCCGUGUUCUCCCGAAAGUGGCCCGUUGGCGCCACGCCGGGAGGCAUGGAACGCCACGCCCACACGCUCCACACCGCUCUUGCCAGCCGGGGCCAUGAGGUGCACGUUUUCACAUCACCUGUGGAUGAACAAGACAACAAAGAGGAGCUCAUCAAACCCGCCAAUCGUAAUAAUAAUAAUAAUAAUAAUAGUUCAAACUUGUCACCUAUCAUUCACUGCCAUGAAGGUGAACCAGGCCGCUGGCGCUACAACAAGGCCUGGCAGCUGUUUGAAGAAGAGAACCAGCGGCGCCGGCCUUUCGACGUCAUCCACUCAGAAAGCGUGGCCCUGCCUCACUGGCUGGCCCGCCAUCUCCCCAACCUCGCAGUAUCAUGGCACGGCAUAGCCCUGGAGAGUGUCCACUCAUCUAUCUACCAGGACUUGGCUCGCCGGCCCGACGAGCCAAUCUCUCCUGCCUUCAACAAGAGCCUUCAGGGCGUGAUUCCAAAGGUGCUAAAUGAGAUCAGAUUCUUCAAGAAUUACAAGCAUCAUGUCGCCAUAAGUGACAGCUGCGGGGAGAUGCUGCGAGAUGUGUACCAAAUCCCGAGCAGACGAGUGCACGUAAUCGCGAACGGAGUCAACGAAGAUGAUUUCAGGGAUGAUGCGGGGUUGGGCCAGGAAUUCAGGGCCAAAAUUGGCGUCCCUUUAAAUGCAAGUUUAGUCCUUGGUGUGGCUGGAAGAUUGGUAAAAGACAAGGGCCAUCCACUGCUUUAUGAAGCCUUUUCCAAGCUCCAAGAGAAGCAUUCAAAUGUCUACCUGGUCGUGGCCGGCUCUGGACCGUGGCAACAGAGAUACAAGGAUCUGGGAUCUCAAGUCAUAGUUUUGGGAUCUAUGAAGCCAUCCGAAUUGAGAGCUUUCUACAAUGCCGUUGAUGUGUUUGUGAAUCCAACGCUGAGGCCGCAAGGGCUUGACCUCACUCUCAUGGAGGCAAUGAUUAGUGGGAAGCCGGUGCUGGCAUCGAGGUUUCCCAGCAUCAAAGGCACCAUCGUGGUGGACAAUGAGUUCGGUUUCAUGUUUGCCCCCAAUGUGGAGUCUCUGGUGGAGGCCUUGGAAGAGGCGGUGGCUGAAGGGUCGCCAAGGCUGGCCCAGAGAGGCCGAGCUUGCCGGGCUUAUGCGACUUCCAUGUUUACCGCAACCAAGAUGGCCUUGGCUUAUGAGAGAUUGUUCCUCUGUAUCAAGGAUGAGACAUUUUGUACCUACCCUUAGCCUUAGGUAAUAUAUAGAAUUCCAUUUCUAAUUUGUUGAAGAAGGCCUAUUGCCUAAUAGCAGAGAAAUAUUGCCUAAUAGUAAGGAAAUCUACAUUUCUUAUCACCAGCUGGUAUCUGGACUAGUUUGUACAUCAUCUUUUUCAAUGCGGUAAUUAAUAGAACCAAACUCUCCCAUGUCUUUGACACGAA